UCAAGGUCAUGUCCUGUACCUGUUUGGCGCAGUCACAGCAUGGCGCGUUUGGGUUAUUGGUGUCUUUUCUGGUUGUGCGUGUCGGGCGCGCAGUUUGUGUUUGCGGCGUCAGGAGAUGUGAUUAAGAAAUGUGACGAGGACGAUGCGAUGACGCUGUCAUUUGAAGGCUAUCCGACCGUUUAUAUCCAGAAGGCGAUUAACGGACUGGUAAAAGUGACCAAAGAUCUCCCAGGAAUCGUUCUCCGUGUGAAGUCUGGCCGCACCACACUAACGGUGCCCUUUUCUUCCCGGUAUGGUUACGUGGUUGAGCAGCGUUCCCAGUAUGACGUGGUCAUUGCCAUUGGACGUCCCUUUAAUUUGAAGAUGUUCACAUGUCAUAAACCAGCCCGCCGAUCUGUGACUGUUUCUGAGAAAUGUGCAGUUACAUCCAGUGAGAAGCUCCCUUGUGGAGGGUCUUCAUCCAUCACUCAAGCAGACUGUGAAGCCAACAACUGCUGCUACGAUUCAAGCAGCAGCACCAGUCCAUGCUACUAUGCCAAUGAUGUGACUGUGCAGUGCACCCUGGAUGGCCAGUUUGUUGUGGUGGUGUCUGAGAAUGUGACCCUUCCUCCCCUGGAUCUGGGGUCCAUCCAGUUGGUGGACAGCAGUUGCAAUCCUGUGACCAGCUUGCCCAGCUUUGUCAUGUACCAGUUUCCAGUCAACGCCUGUGGUAGCACAGUUCAGCUGGCUGGUGGCAAUGUGACUUACCAGAACACCAUGUCUGCUGCCAUCACUGUGGGGAGUGGUCCACAGGGGUCCAUCACCAGGGACAGUGUCUACAAGUUGUUCUUCCAGUGCACCUACUCGGGAAGCCAGGAUGUGCAAGUGGAGGCUGAGGUGUAUACUGUGGAACCCCCUCUUCCAGUAGUAGAGCAAGGGCCAUUUGACCUGGAAUUGGUCAUUGCAACAGAUUUGUCCUAUGGCUCCUACUAUGUGGAUGCUGACUACCCAGUGACCAAAACGCUGAGGGAUCCUGUGGCUGUGGAAGUGCACAUCGUGAACAGGACUGACCCUAACCUUGUUCUGAUGCUUGGGGACUGCUGGGUCACCCCAGGACCUUCUGCUUCCAGCCAGCCCCAGUGGAGCCUUCUGGUGAAUGGGUGCCCAUACACAGGGGACAACUAUUUGACCAGCUUGGUGACUGUGGACGGCACAUCUGGAGUAGCCUACCCAAGUCAUUACAAGAGAUUUGUGUUUGAGAUGUUUGCUUUUGUUGAUCCUGUCGCUCAGCAAGCCUUGGCUGAAAAGAUCUUCAUCUACUGUGUUGCUGCUGCCUGCUAUCCCUCUGCCACGGACCCCUGUACUCAGAGCUGCUCUGCAAGAAGAUCUGGCAGAGCUGCCCAGAAGUUGGCACAAAUUGCUGCUUCCAAGAAUGUGCUCCUUCACAGUGGUCCUGUGGUCAUGGAGGCUGACCAGGUGCAAACAUCCAGACUGGAGCAGAAAGGAUCUGGCAGAGCUGCAGACAAGUUGGCACGAGUUGCUUCAUCCAGGAAGAAUGUGCUCCUUCACAGUGGUCCUGUGAUCUUGGAGGCUGACCAGGUGACAACAUCCAGACUAGAGCAGGAAGGAUCGGGCAGAGCUGCAGACAAGUUGGCACAAAUUGCUCUCUCCAGGAAGAAUGUGCUCCUUCACAGUGGUCCUGUAAUCUUGGAGGCUGACCAGGUGGAAACUUCCCGGCUUGAGCAGGAAGCCUCUCUGCCCACUGGAUACCUGGUGCUAGGAGCUGCAGCUACCCUUGUGGUGAUGAUGCUCAUUUUGGCUGUACUCGCUGCAAGAAGGUUGAACUGGAAACGAGUGAAUCUGAAAUGUUAAUAAAAUUUGGUUUUGAUUA